CAGACAAACACUAUUAGACAGUAAUUGGCCCCUCUGAUGAAACUUUGGGCUUCAAUUAAUUCACAGGAAAUGAGAGAGUUGUGGCAUAAUUUUAUUCAUACAGUUGUACACAACAGAGCGAAACAUGGUUGUGACUCUUCUUAUAACUUCAGUUCUCUGAAACAAGCAUGCUUUCUGCCAAAUUCCCAAAUUAUCAAUUCAUCCUGUAAACUCAAAGAUGGCUAUUUGUACAGUAAUUAAAAUCACCACACAUCCCUGGGGCCUCAUUUAUAAAAUGUUGCGUAGAAACUGUCCUACAUUUGAUCUAAGAUAAUUUCUCAAAUGUGCAUACGAGUGAUUCUGAGAAGAUGAAUGUAUGCACAAAAAACGAGUAUGCACAAAAACCAAACAUACAUCCAAAAAAAAAAACGAGAGUACACAAAAACCAAAUGUACGUUCAAAAAACAAGUGCGCACAAAAAAUGAACGUGUCCAAAAAAACGAGUACACACAAAAAACAAAAGUACAUCCAAAAAAAUGAGUACGCACAAAAACCGAACGUAUGUUUAAAAAAAACGAGAGUAUGCACAAAAAACAAACGUACGUCCAAAGAAACGAGCACGCACAAAAAAAACCGAACGUACAUCCAAAACAACAAUUACGCACAAAACCUGAACAUACGUCCAAAAAAUGAGCGUACGCACAAAAACCAAAUGUACGUUCAAAAAAACGAGAGUACACACAAAAAAAUUAACGUACGUCCAAAAAAACAAGUACGCACAAAAAAAAAUGAAGGUACGUCCAAAAAAACGGGUACGCACAAAAAGCGAACGUACGUCCAAAACAACAAUUACGCACAAAAACUGAACAUACGUCCAAAAAAAAUGAGUAGCCUAUGCAGAAAAACCGAACGUACAUCCAAAAAAAAAAAAAACACGAGUACGCACAAAAACCAAACGGACAUCCAAAAUAACGAGAGUACACACAAAAAACAAACGUAUAUCCAAAAAAGCGAGUACACACAAAAAAACGAAUGUACGUCCAAAAAAACGAGUACGCACAAAAACCGAACGUAUGUUUAAAAAAAACGAGAGUAUGCACAAAAAACAAACGUACAUCCAAAGAAACGAGUACGCACAAAAAACGAACGUACAACCAAAACAACAAUUACGCACAAAACCUGAACAUACGUCCAAAAAAAGAGUACACACAAGAAACAAACUUAAGUCCAAAAAACGAGCGUACGCACAAAAACCGAAUGUACGUUCAAAAAAACGAGAGUACACACACAAAAAACAAACGUACGUCCAAAAAAACAAUUACGCACAAAAACUGAACAUACGUCCAAAAAAAAAAUGAGUAGCCUAUGCAGAAAUACCGAACGUACAUCCACAAAAAAAAAAAAAAAAAUCACGAGUACGCACAAAAACCAACGGACGUCCAAAAAAACGAGAGUACACACAAAAAACAAACAUAUAUCCAAAAAAACGAGUACACACAAAAAAAAUGAACGUACGUCCAAAAGAACGAGUACACACAAAAACCGAACAUACGUUUAAAAAAAACGAGCAUAUACGCACAUAAACGAGCGUAUGCACAAAAACACAAACUCUCUCAUAGUUUGUUGAUUAACUCUAAAGUAAAAUUAUUUCACAAGCAAGAGGAUAACAAAUAAGUUAUGCAUGAAUAAAAAUGUAUAUUUUUAGCCAUUUUUUAAAUCCCAAAUCCUGUGUAAUAGCAAAAUAAUUAGAAGAAGAAGAAGAAGAAGAAGUAGUUUUACUUAUAUAGUGCCUUUCCACAAGCUCAAAGUCGAUAUAUUUCCAUUUCAAUUUAUUUUUAAGGAUAACACCCUUGAGAUGAACCAUCUCGUUUUCGAGGCGUUCCCCAACACAAAAUAAACACAAAACACCAAUUAGAUAGCCUAUAUUAGAUUAUGAUACCGUCUGUACUAAUAAUGGUUUGUGUUCUGAUUAUUUAUUUGCACAAAACCUUCUAAUAAGAUAAUGUAAACAUUGCAUGAAUCGUUGAAUGUGAUGAUAUGCGCGCGUCAGAGCAGAGUACAUCUGAAGCAGAAACUGACACGCGCAUGCGUCCGGGAGGAGAAGCUGAGCGGACAGAUAAUGCGCGCGUGAACGAGAGCCGGUGUUAGUCUUUUCUGGACACCAAUGGUGAAGAGCUCAUGGGCUCUGAAUUGGUGGAGAUGGGAAAACGUCCACCGCAGAAUGAUGAAAACACCACCGGAGUGCAGAACACUGGCCCCGGCGCUCACAUGUCGGGAAGUGUGAGCACUCAAACCCUCGGCUCGUUAAAUGCUCCCUCAAACGCCUGCUGCUUCUGCUGGUGCUGCUGCUGCAGCUGCUCCUGUCUGACAGUACGCUCUGCUAAGGAGGAAAGAAUUAUGACGACAAUCUCAGAAGAACAAGAGGAGGCUGAUAUCAACCCGACGCCUCAGCUCACUCUGGAGGAGGUUCGUGCGUGGGGAGAGUCAUUUGAGCGCUUAAUAAAAAGUGCACAAGGUCGUGCGCACUUCCAACAGUUUCUGAAGACUGAGUUUAGUGAAGAAAACCUGAACUUCUGGCUAGUCUGUGAGAGUCUAAAGAAAGAGACCAACAAAACCACGGUAGAACAGACUGUGAAACAAAUAUUUGAGGACUACGUUUCUGUAUUGUCACCUAAAGAGGUGAGUCUGGACUCACGUGUACGUGAAGUGAUCAACAGGAACAUGCAGGAACCCUCAUCAUGCACGUUUGACGAGGCACAGCAGCAGAUCUACAUGCUCAUGCAGCGAGACUCCUACCCACGAUACAUGAACUCCAGCAUGUACGCAGAACUCAUACAGAGCCUUGAAGAGCCCACUGAGUCCUAACAUACACACAUGAAUGUACACAGUUCAGACACAGGCCUAACACACUUCCCUGUAGACCUGGUAGAUCCCUUUGGCCCUGUUUACACGUACCUUUCAUCCCAGGUGAUCGGGUCAGCCAAGACAGAUCGGCAUACGCAUCUGGUAUUUACACGAUUCUCAAAUGCAUCUCCCUCGACUAGUUGUUAUUGAAUUUAGUUGACAGAAGGGUCUCCGAUUUUGUGCUACAUACAUCAUAGUUACAGCAAAAACAGCCACAACAUCAAAAUGCAUGUCUAAUAUUGUGUCGGUCCCCCAAAACAGCUUUGAUGCAUCGAAGCAUAGCCUCCUCAAGACCUCUGAAUGUGUCCUGUGGUUCAGGAAUGGUUUGAGAGUUCAAGGUGUUGCCUUAGCCUUCAAAUUUCCCAGAUCUCAAUCCGAUUGAGCAUCUAUGGGAAGCUCUGGACCAACAUAUCUGAUCCACGGAGGCCCCACCUCACUGGACCCAAAGGACCUGCUGCUAAUGUCUUGGUGCCACAAACCAAAGAUGGAAACUCUUGGACUCGAGUCGUACUUAAAGGGUUAGUUCACUCAAAAAUGAAAAUUCUGUCAUUAAUUACUCAGCGUCAUGUCGUUCCACACCCAUCUUCGAAACACAAAUUAAGAUAUUUUUGAUAAAAUCCAAUGGCUUGUGAGGCCUGCAUUGAGAGCAAGUUAACUUAGACUUUCGAACGCCCAGAAAGCUACUAAAGAUAUAUUUAAAACAGUUCAUGUGACUACAGUGGUUCAACCUUAAUGUUAUUAAGCGACAAGAAUACUUUUUGUGUGCCAAAAAACAAAAUAACGACUUUAUUCAACAAUAUAAUAGUGAAGGGUGAUUUCAAAAUACUCCUUCAUGAAGCUUCGAAGCUUUACGAAUCUUGUGUUUUGAAUCAGUGGUUCGGAGACUCUGAUUGAAUUAUUGCAUGUUACGCCCAAAACACACCCAUGACUCAUUAAAAGACGAGGUAAAACCCUUUUGGACCGUGCGCCUGUCAUUAAACUAGCAAAAGUGGAUUCAGACACGUCCUAAGUGCACCUGCGCCUUGUGCUUAGAUCGUUAAAAUAGGGCCCUUUGUGUGCUUUAUUAGACAUUUUUGAAGUAGAAAUCACUUUUGAUAUUUCUAAACACUGUUAAUUACAAUAACUAGCUGAAAGAACUAUUGCUAAAAAUAGAACAAAGACUGGAGACUUGACUUGGCCUUUAGGGACUUGUCUGCCACAAACCACCGGACACGUCCAGAGGUCUUCUGGAGUCCAUGACCCGAUGCACCAGAGCUGUCCUGACAGCACACGACCUACACAAUAAUAUGCAGGUGGUUUUAAAGCUGUGGCUGAUCAGUAUACUAUAUAUUGGGAUAAAAAGUGUCAUUUUUGAUGUUAAAAUAGUCUCUCUUUUUUUAAGCAUCCCAGCCACCCCGGCCACGAACAAAUGGCGGACGUUUGGUGCAAGAAUGUUUGUCCGACUCAUGUCAGAUAGGAAUGUUUGCAUUUAAUCAUUUAUCAGUGUUUCUCAACCCCAGUCCUCAUGACCGCCCAGAAUGUUUUAGAUGUCUCCCUAUUCAACACAUUAAGAAGCUGAUGAUCCGAAUGUGUUUAUUUAGUGAGACAUCUAAAACAUUCUGGGAGGCGACAGGACUGAUGCUCUGAAACACUAAUGCCAGACAUAGCCAACAUUUUCUGUGAAGUCUUGUCCAUAUACAGCGCUGCCGUGAUGACGUAUUUUUGUAGGCCAACCCGGAAGUGAGCAUCACACUGGUUCCCUCGACAAAAUCCCAAUAGGAGUUUCCCAUUGUCUUUUGGAUUAUUGCAGAAAAUAAGGUCUGUGUGACGAUUAUUGCACAGACUUAUGAGUUUUGAAACGUAAAUACAAUCGGCAGAAGUCAAAAGCUAAAUGUAGGGUAUAAACGAACUACACCAUGGUCACAUGACUUCAACGUCACCAUCAAUAAGCUUCCGACAACUCUUUCAGUCUCUGUUUAAAAACAUCUUACAUUAAAGAUGGAGUUAGAAUAGUUUGCAAGAGCACAAACACAAUGAGGCUGUGAAAAUCCCAUUCAAAAAACCCAUUGACUUCAGUAUGAUGGAACCGGAAAUGCUAAAAUACUCCUUUCCAGGUUUUAUCCUACUAAAAUAUAUCAUCCCUGGACCACUCUAUAUAUGUCACUCAGACAGAAGUGCUAUUAAAAAAGUUGUUGCACUGUUCAUAGUUCAAUUUUUAUUUCAAAUAAGAUAUUCUCAUAUUUCUGUCUGCACGGAUAUACACUUAAAAUGGCAGAACCGUAAUUGUGCCUUGCCUCACAUACUAGGAUAGGCUAGUGUCAUUAAAAACUGGUGCUUUCAAUUAGUUUCAGUCUAGAUGAUUUACAAUUUAUAUGUGAGAUAAGAAGAAUAGAUCUUACACCUACACACACCAAAGCAUCGAUCUACGGAGAUCAACUCAACAUUUUAUCUGUCUAGGACUUGAUGUUUUUAAAUGCAAUUAAUGCAUUUGAUAAAUUUAUGUAUACUGUAUAAACUGUACAAAAAGAGAUAAAUAACAAUAAAGUAAAAUAAACACAAACAAA